GCAGAUACAACAGAAGAAGAAAUCUGGGCGGAAGUUGUUUUUACGCUGCUGGAGGCCGAGCGAGUCUUUUUGAUGCGGCUUGUUUUAGCCAACGCUGUUAAAUUCUGGUUUUAGUCGCAUCACUUACGCAGCCGAUUCGGUAAAAAUGUCGUCGGUUUUGUGUUUCAGAAAAUAUGUCAACGAGCGGCUGAGCGCCGCCGCCGAGGAGAUAUUAGGUGUUUUUGAAAAGACCAUCGUUGUGUACGAGGAGGAGAUCGACCGUCAGCGCAGACUACUGGAUGUCGUCCUGAAACGACACGACAAAGACCUCCCAUAUUCAUCAACCACUAAUGAUGAAAUUCUACUGGAGGCCCAGAAGCACUUUGACCAGAGGCGGAUGUCUACUCUCAACCAAGUGGAGGAAAUAUGCUCUGGUCAGCAGAAGGAGCCGUACAUUUUACAGCAAGCAGCAGACAUGUUUAAAAUGAGGCCACCUCGAGAGAGCACUGACUUCAGCGUGGACCAGAAUCUGCUCAUGGGACAUGACCAGACUCGAGGUGCUGCAGAAAAAGACCAACCGCUGCCCAGCAUGGCAGUUAUAUCUGAGUCACAGAGCUCAGGGGUGUCCACACCGUACACCGACCACCACUUUGCACACAACUCGCACCCAUCUAACAGCCGCGAGCACGACAGCCGAAAUCACGAGACUGUGAGUACUCAUCAGACACCCGAACACAAACCUUUCAAAUGUAUGUUUUGCGCUGAAGAGUUUCUUGACUUCCUGAAGUUAAAAAUGCACAUAAGGACCCACACCGGUGAAAAACAUUUCACGCCAGAAACCUGUGGUAAAUCGUUUCCACAGAAGCCGACCAAGCCGUUCAUGUGCAGAGUUUGUGGAAAGGAGUUCAACUGUCAAUCAAGCCACAUCAACCAUAUGAAGACUCACUCGGGGGAGAAGCCGCACCAGUGCGCUACCUGCGGGAAAAGUUUCAGUCGAGUUGCUGACCUGAGGCGGCACACGAGAACUCACACGGGAGAGAAACCUUACAGCUGCAUCUACUGUGGCAAGGAGUUUCCCUACCACUCAUCGCUCACCAAUCAUGUGCGAGUGCACACAGGGGAGAAACCGUACAAAUGUAUGUGGUGUGGUAAAAGGUUUUCCCUCAGCACAACUUUGAAAAUACACACUCGAGUCCACACGGGAGAAAAGCCCUAUAUGUGCAACCUGUGCGGAAGGAAUUUUGCUCACAACACAGGACUAAGGUUACACAGAAGGGUUCAUGCUGGUGAGAGCAACAUGGUCCCCUAAAACUUAUGUUCCCACACAACAAGAUUGCAUUCUCCAGCCUACUUGGUACAGAAAAUACUUUAUGGACGAAAUCCUCCAUUCUGAUGUGACAUAAUCAGAGAUAUGAUAACUAACAUGACAUAUUUUGUAUGGCAUUUGGGUUGAAGUUAGAUUGAAUAUAUAGGUUUUUGAGCACUGUUAGUAAGUAGUGGGUAGAAUCACAAAGAGCUAGACAACAAGUGAGGUGUUUCUGGUAGCAUCAGCAUCCUUAUCAAACACUAGCCUAGAGAAUUAGUUGUUUAAAAGUAAGAUGCUCAAUGUUUCCCAAUUGAUACCUGAAACAGAGCAUCCAAUCACUAAAUGAUGUAUUUCAAGCAAUAAUACUUUUUUUUAAAGAAAUGGAAUCCUGAUUUAAACCCUCGCCAGACUAAAGAGAGUAUUUAUCGCAACUUCCCUUUUUUAUAUAAGAAAUUGAUGAAUAUUAAACUUUGGCUGCACUGAGAUAACCGUGUCAUAUAACACAAAACGACCUAUAGUGUAAACGGAUAAACGAGAUUCAACUUCGUCUUAAAGCUAUACAGAAGUUAAACGUAUGGCAAAUAUUCCCCAUAUUUUUUUUAAACCUUUUUUUUAACCUUUAUCGCUGUUGAAACACUGAUGAAUGAUUAGAAGACAUCCGAGCUCCGAUCUCUGGUUUCCGUCUUCGUGCUGGUUUUGACAGACGUUAGACAACUGUUUUUGGUUUUUGUUUUAAAACCUACUGAAGUCCCUGAAUUUAAUGUGAGUAUAUAUGGCAAACUGUCGUUAUAUUCCUCCGUCAGUCUAAAAAAAAAAAAACCUACUCGGAACGUUUUGCGUUAGCCCAGAUUUAGCUCAUAUGCUAAUUAGCGCUAAUCGGGAGGGGGACGGAGGCUAGCGGUGAAGAAACCGCUACGAUUAUUGGUCAAUUUAUGAGCUGGUGUUGUAUAUUUAAAAUGAACACAUUGUCGGCUGAUUUUUUUUAUUAUUAUUAUUUAUCCUAUUCGAUAAAAUAGUGCAUCACUCGUUAAAAAAUAUUGAACAUCCGUUAUAGAUGUGUUUAGUGCGUUGUACAGUGGUCUGUCAGACUAUUGCUCUGAAUACCCCUUUAAUGAUGCCAUGGAUAUGAAUACAACUUGUUUCUAAUCAAAUGGAGUGAAAAUGCAGUUUAGUUGUGUGGAAAUGUAACUUUAGUAAGAAAAGUUAAUUGAAAUUAGGUUAUUAGGUCAUUUGCAGCAAAAUGGAUGAUAGGUUGAAGCAUGGGCAUCUCAGUAGCUAAAUUCUUAGGG